AUGCCUUUCUAUGCUAAUACUGAUCCAAUGAUGUCAAAAUUGUCUCAAAUACAGUUUGCAGAAAUGCCAACCAUGAAGGGUGACAAAUAUCCAGAUGUCGAUGCUCAUCGUAUCAUCGCACCGAUCAUCAGUCCAAUCAUGGAAGUCUUCGAUCAAAUGAAAGAAAACCAGCGAGCGCGAGAUCAGGCCGAGAAAAUAAGAAAGGAUAGAGACGACCAUCCAUUAAGCACGUCCCGAAGUUUAUGGGAAAUGUUUCAACGCCUCCAGCAACCAACAACCACUACAACAGAAGCUCCGCCAUUAAUUGAACGGCUAUUCAAACCAUAUAUAGAACCUUGGCAAAAACAACUGGACGAUUUUUCAAAAGACAUGGCUGGUAUUACUCUAAUUCCAACUACUACAACUACUCCUGCCCCAACAACAACUACUACUCCUAAUCUUCUUGAAAAAUCUCUCUCUAUGUUCUUCCCGUCGCUGCGAAGAAAAUCACAAUCUAUUCCUACACUUCCACCAACGACAACGCCAACUCCACGCUUGUUUGAUCCAGACAUGUUCGAUCGGCUGUUUUUCAAGCGUGACAAAAGACAGGCUACAAUAGCUCCUGCUCCGAAGUUUGACUUGUUCACUGUUCCACCGCCACCACCACUUUUUCAAGAAUGGGAGAAACCUAUCCUGGGCAUCGCGAAUCCUUUCACGCUGAAUCCGCUGAUGAAAAUGUUCACGACUCCAUCUCCACCGCAGACAUUGGCUCCACUACCGAAAAUUCCCGAACCAAACCCUUAUGAAACAGCCAAAGGCUUGCCAGAACCGCAGUUCAAACUACAGGACCCAUUCUAUAAUCCCCUAUUCCCAAGCAGAAAAAGUAAGAUCUUCGACUUGCUUGCAGGAGGCGAAGCUGGAAGACUACUGGGAUAA